AAGAAGCAAACUACUCACUGCUUCCUAUAGAAGUGAGUGAACUACAGUAUAUUGUACAUUCAGAGCAGAGAAAAACAAGGUUGUGAUCUGAUUUGCCCUGCAGAGGUCUUGGUUGGAGAUGUAAGAAUCCUUCACAUUUGAGUUAAUAUCCAAUCUCUUGUUUUCUCUGCUGACAAACCGUUGAGACGUCGGCAGCAUAGCGGAGAGAGAGGCACGAAUAAAAUCAUCAGAUAUCUGCCACAAAUGUGUCUGGAUCUUGGCGACAAUGGAACUGAAGACAACACACACUGUGGGCAACAGCUGAGGGUGGAAUGACCGAUGGUUUAUGUUAACAGCCAAAACCUGCUCUUGCAUUCUUUUAUGACACCAUGGUAAGUCCUUUUUUUAUGCCGUGAGGAAUAAAAGAGGGUGUGACUCAAACGUAGUGUGUGAGACAGUAGGUUUCCAACGUUUGGCAAAUAGACAUGACAGUAAACUCUGACAUUCCUCAGCUUUAAGCCCGGCCUCCUGGGGAUAAGAAGGAACUGACAGGAGGGCAGUGACGGCUCUCGUCAUGAGUUAAGGUUCGCUCUGUUUGUCCUCUCAGGUUUCAGGACUCAUCCGGUAUCCUGCAGUUGGUUUUUCUUCACAGACACUCGGCGUGAACACAGAAUGAACACAGACAGCCAGCAGGAAGUUUCUCCACAAGACCAGGAGACAGAGUUUGACGGUCCACCUUUGCAAAAGCAGAAGAGGAUCGUCUUCUUCUCCAGCGGUGAAAGUCUGGAGCUGGAGGACUCUGAAGAAGACGAGGCAGAGGAGCAGAAGUCACACAGAACCCCAGAACCAACGGGGAGGAACCGGCUGUCGUUCAAGAAUGUUGCCAUUCUAGUUGGGAGGAUGUCCCUGCUGGCCUGUGAUUUCCUUGGAGAGAGACUGGCCGGCGCUCUUGGGCUGAAUGGAGCCAAAUAUCAAUAUGCGGUAGAUCGAUAUUAUCGUGAGCAGAAGAUUACAGGUCACCAUUUGGAGGACCAGGCAGAGGACACUCACCUUUCCCCUGGGCUAGAAGGGGGUCACUAUGGAGCCACGGGAGGCGUAAGCAGUCCCUCCGAUCCUGGCGAGAGCCGUGAUGACAAACAUGGAGACAAACACCAAGGAUGCCAAAACAGAGCCUAUCAACGCGACGAGGACAGCUAGUCAUAAAGCCGCAGGACUGAAAAUGGAGAGGAAUGUGAACACCUGAUGUGCAAUGUGGCUUUCGGGUUGAUGGUUUAAUGAUAGCAAAUGUGUUUUGAGAGAGCAAAGACAUUGAGGAAACCGAUGUAAGUGGCAGAACUGCAUAAAAUGCAUCCCUACGGUUCUGGAGAUACCAGAGGAAAUGCUGCUGAGUCCAAUGUUUUCUCUACGUGUAAGGAGCAGAAAGAAAAUAUGGCACAGAUCUAACCCUCCCCAACCUAUUGCUGAGUGCAGCUGGCGACAAUAAGACUAUUUCCACUUUUUUAAUGCAGAAGAGGAAGACAAAUUCAUCAUAUGAAAUUAAAAGUAUGAGUAUGUUAACAGCUGACUGUAGGCAGGCCUGACUAAUAUCAGCAUUACUAUGCACAGUGAGCAUUUGAAACUUCUAUGUUUAGUCAGAUUUACUCUGUAUUUUUGCAUAAGUUUGUAUAUUUAUUGAUUCUUGAGAAGGGGGACAGAACAUGUCUGCUGGAUAAAGUACAUACUUUGAAUAAAAUAUAUUCAAAAUAUAACUUCUUCAAAUAACUGAAUAAACUAACCUGGCAAUGUCACCACAACAGUGUUAUGUUUUCAUGGUGUUUGCUGAGUGUUUUUUAUUUUAAACACUGUAGAAGGUGGAUGGUGUCUGUAAAAGCCUGGAGCAGAACUCAAUACAUUAUCAUAGUUUCAAAGAAUUCUAACAUAAUAUGUCUUGACAACUAAAUA